AUGUUUGCGUGUGCUACGUGUCCACGUUUACUCGAAUAUCUGUUAAAUAAAUUCAACUAUUUGAAUAUCAAUGAGACAAACGGAAACAACGAAACGUGUUUGUUUUAUGUCAUAAAACGCAACAAUAAUACAAGUGCUAUUGAUCUUCUAGUGAAAUAUGGCUUCAACUCUGUUACGUUGAGAAAUAAUCAAAACCAAACUGCGUUGCAUAAAGCUAUUGACUACAAUGACGUUGAAAACGUUGAACAUUUGAUCAAAACGUUCGGUAUCGAUUUAAAUGCCGAUACCGAACCUUAUCUGAUGUAUGCGUGUAAAUAUUCAACAGCGAAUGUUGUUCACAGUUUAAUAAAGUUAGGCGCAAACAUUCCUAAAACACUGCUUGAUGAUGUGGGCGAGAAUUUAACUAAUCGCAACGAUAUCAUAUCCCUUUUAAAACAAUAUUGCGAUCAAAUAUCGAUAACUAACAAUCAACAAGCAACAACGAUACAUCAGACGCAGGUGGGCAUCAUUGGUGCUGGUCCAGCUGGUUUGGUUCUCUCCCAAUUGCUUUAUUUAUCUGGUAUUGAAUCCAUAGUUCUUGAACGAUCUAGCAGAGAGUCAAUUGAAACACGAAUAAGAGCUGGUGUACUUGAACAAGAUACCGUCGAUUUGUUUGAUUAUAUAAACAUUACGAAACGAUUACAUAUCAAGGGUCUCAUUUAUCAUAAUAUGAAUUUUCAAUAUAAUUCGAAGCGAUAUCACAUACCAUUGUCAAAACUAACAAAUGGCAAAGUCAACACUGUAUACGGUCAACAAUGUGUCAUCCAAGAUUUGCUUGAAACACUUGUAGACAAUAAUUUUGGCGGUAUAAUGUUUGAAGUAACAGGUGUACAAAUAUCAAAUGUCCAAGAUAAAUAUCGUCGAUCAAUAAUACGAUAUAAAACCAGAGAACAGAAACCUGAAGAGAUAUAUUGUGAUUUCAUUAUCGGCUGUGAUGGUUCGAACGGCACAUCAAGGCAGAUUAUACCCAGAAAUAUAUUCAAGACAUAUGAACGAAUAUAUCCGUUCGCAUGGCUAAGUGUAAUUGCUCUGACAGAACCAAUUAAUAAUGUGUUGAUAUAUGCUUAUCAUGAACGCGGAUUUGUUAUUUAUCUUAGACGAUCAAAAGAGCAAGCACGCUUUCAUCUACAAGUGGAUGUUAACGAUAAUAUUAACAACUGGACAGACGAAAGAAUAUGGGCUGAGCUACAUUGUCGUCUAGAUAUGAAGAAUUGGACGUUGGACGAAGGAAAAAUAAUAGAGAAACGGAUAUUUCCAUUACGGAGCUUUAUGUGUGAACCAAUGCAAUAUAAAAAUCUCUACCUCGCAGGUGACAUUGCUCACCUUGUGCCGCCCACUGGAGCCAAAGGUCUAAAUAUGGCCAUUGCUGAUGUGAAAACUCUUGCUGAUGCACUUCGAGAUUAUUAUGAAUUUGGUCUAAAUGAGAAAUUAGACAUGUAUUCUCGAACAUGUGUUAAUCGUUCGUGGCGUGUACAAGACUUUACCAAUAGUGUAACAGAAAUGUGGCAUCGUUAUUUCAAUACGAAUGACGGUAAUUUUGGUUAUGAAAUACAACGAGCCCGUGUGGAAAAUUUGUGUAAUUCAAAAGCACUGCAAUACUCUUUUGCCGAAAUGUUUGUUGGUUUACCGACGAAUAGUAACAAUGUAAGUAGCUCAAGUUUGAUUAGCAAUGAGAAAAACACUUUUAUUACGCUUUUCGUCAGUAAAAAUUUCUGAAGAUAAACAGCGCUCAUCUAAGAGAUUCUUCUGUAUUCUCAAGGGUGGUUGAUCCAUGAUAUAAUCAACUAGACGAUUUAUUACCAUGAUCAACUAUUUCGAGAGAAACAUAUGACAUUUGUGCGAAUAAAAACUUUGUUUUACCUCUAACCAUAUUCAUUCGAUUCUCCGUCCAAAAUAAUUCAGAAAUCUGGAACUUGAAGUCUUAGAAACUUUUUCUUACCAAUAAUUCUCAUGAAAAGCUCAUCAGAAAAUGCUUGAAAAUCACUCAUAAAUCGCAUGUUUCUGUA